GAGGCCCGGCUCUACGGUCAGCCCGCCCAGGCACCUCUCCCUGCCAUGUGAGGCCAGAAAGUUACUUCUCCGAGGCUGUUUCCCGUGACCAGAAAUACCUCCCGCCUGAGGUUCUGUGGGGUAGGGGAGGUUCGUGCACUUCUCACAGAAAACGUCGCACAGACCCGCCACUGCCUUUAUUAAGAGCUCUCAGGAGGCUGCCUGGAGCCGAGGGUGUCUCCGGCCCCAUGCUCGCGGGCAUCAGGGCGAAGCUGUGCCCCCGAAAGGGCCAACGGGAACUCCGCGGUCCCUGAACUUCCGGCGCUGGAGGGCUCCUCGCUCAGGGCUGCCGGGAGCCGCGGCGUGAGUGCGUGCCGGGGCCGCGCGCGGGAUCUCUGAGGCCUCGAACCUCAGGGCUGUCGGAGUCUAGAGAUGCAACCACGCUAGAGAAACGAAGGCCGCCCGAUUUACACCACCCCCGCGCUCCCCUCACACCCGGCGCCAAAAACGCUAGUCCCACGGCGCAGGCUGGGACCCGCGCGCCCACGGCCCAAUCAGCGCGGGCCUUCCACAAAGCGAGCCCCGCCCCCACGCCGCUGCUGCCAGCACCUCCCCCUCCCGUGGCCGUCUCGGCCCGCCCAUUCCCAGCCCCGCGCCGUUCUUGGUUAGAAGCUCGCGAUUGGCUCAUAGGGACGGCCGCGAGCUCUGGUUGGCCGGCGCGGAGUCACGAGGGCGUCGUCGUCGUCUUUCCACAGGCGAUUACUGGGCAGGCUCUGUCUUUCGCCUCAGUCUCGAGCUCUCGCUGUCCUUAGGGUGUACGUGCUCCGGGAUCUUCAGUACCGCGGCCGCCAUCGCCGUCGCUUGGCUCCCUCUGGGCUCAUCUGCGUCACUUGCUCGCUCCACACUCCGCCGCCAUAAGCUGUCGUCAUGGUGAAGCUCGCGAAGGCAGGUAAAAAUCAAGGUGACCCCAAGAAAAUGGCUCCUCCUCCAAAGGAGGUAGAAGAAGAUAGUGAAGAUGAGGAAAUGUCAGAAGAAGAAGAGGAAGAAGAAGAAGAAGAUGAUAGCAGCGGAGAAGAGGUUGUCAUACCUCAAAAGAAAGGCAAGAAGGCUGCUGCAACCCCAGCAAAGAAAGUGGUAGUUUCCCCAACAAAAAAGGUUGCAGUUGCCCCACCGGCCAAGAAAGCAGCUGUCACUCCAGGCAAAAAGGCAGCAGCAACACCUGCCAAGAAGACAGUUACACUGGCCAAAGCAGUCGCCACACCUGGCAAGAAGGGAGCCACACCAGGCAAAGCAUUGGUAGCAACUCCUGGUAAGAAGGGUGCUGCCAUCCCAGCCAAGGGGGCAAAGAAUGGCAAGAAUGCCAAGAAGGAAGACAGUGAUGAAGAGGAGGAUGACAGUGAGGAAGAUGAGGAUGAUGACGAUGAUGAGGAUGAUGAUGAAUUUGAACCAGCAGUGGUGAAAGCAGCAGCUGCUGCCCCUGCCUCAGAGGAUGAGGACGAUGAGGAUGAUGAAGAUGAUGAUGAGGAGGAUGAGGAUGAUGAAGAUGACUCUGAAGAAGAAGCUAUGGAGACUACGCCAGCCAAAGGAAAGAAAGCUGCAAAAGCUGUUCCUGUUUCUGUGAAAGCCAAGAACGUAGCUGAAGAUGAAGAUGAAGAGGAUGAUGAGGACGAGGAUGAUGAUGAAGAUGAUGAUGAGGAUGAGGAGGAAGAUGAUGAGGACGAGGAGGAAGAAGAGGAAGAAGAAGAGCCUGUCAAAGAAGCAUCUGGAAAACGAAAGAAGGAAAUGACCAAACAGAAAGCAGCUCCUGAAGCCAAGAAACAGAAGGUGGAAGGCACAGAACCGACCACGGCUUUCAAUCUCUUUGUUGGAAACCUAAACUUUAACAAAUCUGCUCCUGAAUUAAAAACUGGUAUCAGUGAUGUUUUUGCUAAAAAUGAUCUUGCUGUUGUGGAUGUCAGAAUUGGUAUGACUAGGAAAUUUGGUUAUGUGGAUUUUGAAUCUGCUGAAGACCUGGAAAAAGCCUUGGAACUUACUGGUUUGAAAGUCUUUGGCAAUGAAAUUAAACUAGAGAAACCAAAAGGAAAAGACAGUAAGAAAGAACGAGAUGCGAGAACACUUUUGGCUAAAAAUCUCCCUUACAAAGUCACUCAGGAUGAAUUAAAAGAAGUGUUUGAAGAUGCUGCGGAGAUCAGAUUAGUCAGCAAGGAUGGGAAAAGUAAAGGGAUUGCUUAUAUUGAAUUUAAGACAGAAGCUGAUGCAGAGAAAACCUUUGAAGAAAAGCAGGGAACAGAGAUUGAUGGGCGAUCUAUUUCCCUGUAUUAUACUGGAGAGAAAGGUCAAAAUCAAGACUAUAGAGGUGGAAAGAAUAGCACUUGGAGUGGUGAAUCAAAAACACUGGUUUUAAGCAACCUCUCCUACAGUGCAACAGAAGAAACUCUUCAGGAAGUAUUUGAAAAAGCAACUUUUAUCAAAGUACCCCAGAACCAAAAUGGCAAAUCUAAAGGGUAUGCAUUUAUAGAGUUUGCUUCAUUUGAAGAUGCUAAAGAAGCUUUAAAUUCCUGUAAUAAAAGGGAAAUUGAGGGCAGAGCCAUCAGGCUGGAGUUGCAAGGACCCAGGGGAUCGCCUAAUGCCAGAAGCCAGCCAUCCAAAACACUGUUUGUCAAAGGCCUGUCUGAGGAUACCACUGAAGAGACAUUAAAGGAGUCAUUUGACGGCUCUGUUCGGGCAAGGAUAGUCACUGACCGGGAAACUGGGUCCUCCAAAGGGUUUGGGUUUGUAGACUUCAACAGUGAGGAGGAUGCCAAAGCUGCCAAGGAGGCCAUGGAAGAUGGUGAAAUUGAUGGAAAUAAAGUUACCUUGGACUGGGCCAAACCUAAGGGUGAAGGUGGCUUUGGGGGUCGUGGUGGAGGCAGAGGUGGCUUUGGAGGCCGAGGUGGUGGCAGAGGAGGCCGAGGAGGAUUUGGUGGCAGAGGCCGGGGAGGCUUUGGAGGGCGAGGUGGCUUCCGAGGAGGCAGAGGAGGAGGAGGUGACCACAAGCCACAAGGAAAGAAGACGAAGUUUGAAUAGCUUCUGUUCCUAUGCUUUCCCUUUUCCAUUUGAAAGAAAGGACUCUGGGGUUUUUACUGUUACCUGAUCAAUGACAGAGCCUUCUGAGGACAUUCCAAGACAGUAUACAGUCCUGUGGUCUCCUUGGAAAUCGUAUAGAUAACAUUUCAAGGGCAAUACCUUGUUGGUUUUGACUGGAUAUUCGUAUAAACUUUUUAAAGAGUUGAGUGAUAGAGCUAACCCUUAUCUGUAAGUUUUGAAUUUAUAUUGUUUCAUCCCAUGUACAAAACCAUUUUUUCCUACAAAUAGUUUGGGUUUUGUUGUUGUGGUUUUUUUGUUUUUUGUUUUUUUGCGUUCUGGGGGUUGUAAAAAGAAAGCAAAAUGUUUUAUCAUGGUUUUUGCUUCAGCAGCUUUAGGACAAAUUAAAAGUCAACUCUGGUGCCAGA